GUGAGUAUAUGCGUGUGUGUGUGUGUGUGAGCCGAGCUAUGCUGGGUGGGGUUUGAUGUUAACUUGUGUUUGAUGUUAACUCGAGUCACUUUAUCCUCACACAAGGUUUGUAACGUAUGCGGCGGAUCACUUUGGAUAACAUUGAAACUAACAGAUGACAGGACGUGCGAACCGGUUAGAAAGUUAGAAACAACAGUAAGGACGCCGCACAAACAGGGUGACUUGAAAACUGGGUUCCGAUGAAAAGAGAGUGAAACUUUAUCCCGGUUUGUGUGACGAUAGGAGACUGAAUGGGUGUGGAGCGGCAGCGUGACGGAUGACGUCCCCGGCCCGUCCCGAUGAAUUCUGCACCGCUGUGCGAUAACAAUUCAGUGUUAUAAAUGCAGUUUUAGUCCAUGGCUAAAAGGGAAUGUGCAACAUCCAAGAAUUUUAGUGCUUGUCCUACUACUUGUUUUUUACUUUUUUUAUAUCCCAUUAUAGUAUGGAAAUGCAAUUGGUUUGUUAUUUAUUGUCCGAGUUAUAUCCAUUAUUUUUAGAUAUGUUAUUGUGUGUGUAGGACAAUGAGUGGAUAUUAGCCCCCUCACUACACCCCACCGAGACACUGGGGUACCCCAGGUAUAGGUUAUUGUCACUGCAACAUGUUUUAUUAUAGUCAUUUAAUAGGCAUAGUCCUACUAUAAUAGUUUCAAAGGUGCACUUAAGGCAAGUUGUCGAGCAGUCUAAAGUGAAAGAAAAGUUAAAAUGUUGAGGGUGUGUCCCUUGUCUUUGGGACAAAGUCCAUCAUGGUUUGCCGUAAUAUUUUAUAGAAUCUUUUCUUUCAUCAAGUUUUGAGAGCUGUGAUAAAUACUAUCAAUGUUUGGUGGGCCAUAUGGCUCUUUGAGUCCUCAGGAACAGAACAAGUUCAGGCUAUGUGUGGAUAAAGUUAAAUAGAAAAACGGUACAUAAAACUGUAGGCAUACUAAAUUCAAAGUGUUCAACUAUGUUCUGGUUGUCACUUUAAUGGAGUUCAGUAAACAUAGUAAUUGUCUUUGUUUCUCCAUUGUUAGAGCGGCGUUUAACAUUAACCCGUACCAGUUUAUUAAUGAUUAAUGAUGAUUAAAGUAUCAACCCUAUUCACAGAGCUCGCUCCUAUCACUCAGUAUGGGUCUGGUAGACCUACUACCAGUUAGUAGGACUGGUCUCCUACUACUAGUGGAGAUAAAGCACAUUGACGCAUAGAUAAACCACCUUCUGACUAAGCAGUGUUGGUGUUUGGAGUAACACCAACUUCUGCUCUGGUGUUUGGGGCCACACCGACGUCUACUCGCCCUUUGGUUGUGCACAAACCAUGGUUGGUCCUGUUGUGCACAGACUCUUGGGUGAUAAACAUGUCUCUCCUCUCCAGAUGGCGGACGCGGAGCUGGUGAAGAAGAUGCUCCGGGAGGUCCUUCAGGCGAACCCGGCCGGGGUGUCCCUGUCCCGCCUGACGGCCCAGUACAAGGCCCUGACCCAGGAGCACAUACCCCACAGGCUGCUGGGCCAUGACCAGCUGGAGGGCCUGCUGGCCAGCAUGCCCUCUGUAGUGCGGACCGAGCGCCCCCGUGGAGGAGAGACGGCGUACUUUGCGGCGGCCAGCGGAGAGACUAAGGUGGCCAAGGUGGUGGCCCGACAGCGAAGCUCCAAGAGGACGGGCCCCGCCCACCUGGUCAACACCCAGAUGAGGGUGAAGCCCGCCGUGCCGCUCAUCCUCAACGCCAAGCCUCAGACGUCUCUCAGACAGCCAGAGCACCGCGGCCGAGGGGGGGGCAGAGGCCGGGGGGCGGGACAUGGAGACUUCAGACACGCGAGGGACGUGAGGGACAGCCAAUCGGAGGGCAAGCCUGGGCUGCAUCCAAAUAAGCCUCCCAACCAGAACUCGCCCAGCAAGAAGCCAACCACUCCCAUGGAGAAGCUGGACAGGAGGAUGACCCUCCCGUCCCGGUUCCAGAAGGAGCUCAAUGCUCACCUCUCCAGGAACCCUCAGCCACCCACCCCAUCAAGCCCCAACGAGGGCGGCCGUUUGAAGGCUGGAGGCACACCGCAGGUCCAGGCCCACCUCAAGGAGAUCCUGGCCAAGUACAGCAACGGCUUCUGGGCCUCCAAGCUGCCCCACACCUACAAGGAGCUGUACCAGCAGGAGCUCCCCGCCGGAGUGCUCCAAGACCUGGAGGCCUGGACGCACAUCUGCACUGUAGAGAGACCCUGUAGCAGCAACCGAUCCGAGCUGCUCCUCUACCCCGCAAAGGAACCAAUUACCCCCACCCCACCACCCUCCUCCUCCUCCUCCCCCCCGUCCUCCCCCCCAUCCUCCCCCGCCACCCCCGUGGACACUCGCACCGACAGCCCCCGACACCAACCUCAACCCCAGUCCCACUCUCCCUCCCCUUCCCCUUCCCCCUCCCCAUCCACCUCCUCCCCCGGCCGGCCCGGCUCCCCCCCAGGCCUCACCCCCCAAGGCCUCACCCCUGAGCUGCGGCGGCGGCUGGAGGAGCUGCUGCAGAAGUACCCCAGCGGCCUGUGGACCCACGCGCUUCCCAAGCUCUUCAAGGACACCUACAAGACCAAAUUGCCCGGACACAUCCUGGAAAACCUUGAGCUGCUCUCCACCUUCUGCACCAUCGACUACCCCAUGCCGGACAACCCAAAGCGGGCCAUCCUGUACCGGAGGAGCAGUGGAGGAGGGGGAGGAGGAGGAGGCCUUGAGGGCCCCCGGCGUCAGGGCUCGGCACCGGGCGAGGAGCAGGAGGGGAAGCAGCGCGAGGAGCAGAGGGAGGCAGGGAGGUCUCGGCUGAGCGGCCGGGCCUCGCCUCCUCCUCCUCCUCCGCUCCUAAUCCCCCGGGAGGAGUACCCCUCGGUGCUGGUGGUGGAGGCCAGCAACACCAACACAGUGCUGCUCAGGUACAUCGGAGAAGGCUACUCCCUGGCCCAGGAGUCCAUGGAGGACGAGAUGAGGGAGUGUUACGGCUCCUCCUCCUCCUCAUGCUCCUCCCCCGCCGUGGGGCAGCUGGCCGCCGUGCUGGCCGAGGAGGAGGAGGAGGUGCUGCGGGCGCAGGUUUGCGAGGUCAUGGGAGACAAGGCCAAGGUCUUCUACGUAGAUCACGGCUUUUCGGAAGUGAUCAGUAAAACCAAAGUGUUUGAACUCCACAAGAAGUUCUCCAAGCUGCCUUUCCAGGCCACCAAGUGUCAGCUAGCGGGUCUGGAGCCCUUCAGCCAGGAGCCCCUGGUCCUCAAGACCUUUGAGGCCAUGGCCGGCGGCAAGAUCCUAUUGGCCGAGAUCCUGGAGCGAGGCCCCGUGCCGCUGAUCGUCCUGUACGACACGUCUCAGGACGACGACGUCAACAUCAACGCCGCCUGUCUCAAGGCCCUGCGGGACAAGACACUGGCCAGCCCCUUACAGGGGAACAAGGUUUACACGAACGUGGUGGUGAGCAGCGUGUGUUCGGACGGGACCCUCUACUGCCAGCCGCCCUCCAGGGGCCUGACCAUGCUCACUGAGACUCUGGAGCGCACCGAGGCCUACCUGCACUCACAGGUGACCUCGGACUUCCUGGUCUCCAGGCCCUUCUGUGGGAAGCGCUGCCUGGCACGCUACAAAGGAAAGUGGUCCCGCGUGGAGAUCACCAACCUGCAUGGCAGCCGCGUGCUGGACCUGCUCUUCGUGGACCUGGGGGUGCAGGCGUCCGUGGAGGUCUUCGAGCUCCGGGAGAUCCCACCGCAGUUCCUUCGAGACCUCACCACCAUCCCACCACAGGCCGUACGUUGCCGUCUGGCGGAGCUGGACCUGGGUCUGGGGGCCUGGAGCCCUGAGGCCGUCCAGUGGCUCCGAGAGAGGGCUCUCAGCUCCCCGAGCUGCUCCAUCAAGGUGGCCAAGGUGGAUGGCGCCAAGCGCUGCGUUCACGUGCACCUCUUCACCGACAAGAGCUCCACUGAUAACGAGCACAGCCUGAACCGCCAGAUGCUGCAGUCGCAGCUGUUUAGGCAGCAGCCGGACGCCUACCUCACCAGCCACAGCAACGUGAAGGCACCUUCCCCCCCGGCAUCCUCGACCACCAAGGGCAGCGUGGAGGCCACCAACGGGAGCCCCGGGCCCCCCGCCCAGCCCCCGCUGAGGAGGACUUUAUCUGGGCUGGGCUCCAGAGGAAGAGGAGGGGACGGAGGAGGCGGAGGAGGAGGGGGGAUGAGCCCCCUUGGUACUGGCUCUCCCUCUCCUCUCCAGCUGCCCCCACUGUUGGAGCUCCCCCCAGUGGGCAGCAACAUGGACGCCUACGUGUCGGUGGCCUGCCACCCGGGCCACUUUGUGCUGCAGCCCUGGGGGGAGCUGUACAAGCUGGUGGCCCUGAUGGGGGAGAUGAUCCUGCACUACAACCAGACGGAGGACCCCCCCAUGCAGGUGGAGAAGCACCACAUCUAUGCCGCCAAGGUGGAGAACAACUGGCACCGGGUGCUGGUGAAGAGCGUGCUGACCAACGGCCUAGUGUCCGUGUACGAGCUGGACUAUGGCCGCCAUGAACUGGUGGGCCGCGCCCUUUUGCGGACCCUCACCCCGGAGUUCAGACGCCUCCCCUUCCAGGGGGUCACCGCCCAGCUCGCGGGGGUGCGGCCCCGGCAGUGGUCGGAGGAGGCCUCCAUCGUGUUCAGGAACCACGUGGAGAAGCGGCCCCUGGUGGCCCAGCUGGAGUCAGUGACGGAGGCAGCGUGCGCCUGGGACCGGAGGCUCAGCGUGUACCUGGUGGACACGUCGCGGGAGGAGAGCGACGUCUGGGUGCAUGACAUUAUGACGGAGGUGGCCGAGGACCUGGCCAGCGCGCCGUGAGGAGGCCGCGGGCGCGGCCGGAGAGCCACCGCCGGGCCCCGUGUCCCCCACUCGUUUGUGUGCUGCUUGUUUUGAUCCUUAAAAGAAGAGAUGGAAGUCUGAGCUGCUUCUUGUGCACCGCUGAACAUGGACGAAAGGAAGCAGAGGUUUUUAUGGGCGGGGUAUGGUUGUGUUAAGUGGAAGGGAGCUAUGGCUGAAGGUGAUGAGGUCCUCCCUGCUUUCUAGUUGUGUUCUGGGCUGUGCGCCGCUUAUCUUGUAAUCUUUGAUACGAUACACAUGCUUUGCUUUGCACAUUUAUCCACUGGACGUGGACCACACAGCGAGACCACUUUAGGUGCACACACACACACACACACACACACACACCCCUCUGCUAGAUGAGGCUUCUAUUCCAAAAGCGUACUUAGGUUGGUGCAUCCAUGUAAUGUGUUGGCUGUCAUGCUGGUGGGGGUUGACUAGGACUCAGCCACCCUUUGAGCCUGUGGGAGAGGGGGGUUCCCCACUGCUGGGACCACUGUGGACUCCAGACAACGCCGGACCAAAUGCAGGACAUAGCGAGAAGGGUAUUCUGGGCUAAAGAAUGAAGCGACAAAGAGGUGCCUCUGAGAUAUUGAGUGGUUCCGUUUACAAACAUCUCACCGGCCAGGAAGAUGGAGACAUGAAUGUAAACCACUUUCAGCCUUUCUCCACUUAUGCAAACCAGUCCUGUUCUGCCCGCUUUGUUUACCUGGUUGAAUAUGAACGCAUUCAUUUAUCUAACUAGAAAGAAGAUAUUCCGCGUGUUUGAAUGUGUUGGAUGGACGUUACUGAGGAGUUGAGGGUCAAAUAUCCAGUUUUAAAAUGGCCGUUGGACACAAUGUCAGUUGUGGAGUUUUACGGAUUGAAGUUUAUGUCCGUAGUUUUGCUUUGGUGUAGAUUAGAAGAUGAGAUAACAUUUAGUUUAUGUUUUACCCUUUAAUAUACAUUGUAGUUUGUUAAGCAAAUGCAUGAUGAACAAUUGGAUACACAGUCAAUUCAAGAAGGUAAAUUGCAAAAUCAAUAUUAGUUGUUUUUAAGUGACCAGGAUGUGCAAAGAAAAUCUCCUUUUUUUGUAAAAGAAAAUGAAAAGAAUAUGCUGUGUUAGGGUUGAAAAAUAACUAUUUGCUGUGAAUGUGUGUUGAAGCCCAUUUCCACACUUUGUAUCUAUUGCCACUAUAUUUACCUCCUUUUCUCUUUCAACACUAAGGCCAAUUCGGCAUCCACUUUGUAUUUCUCUCAAAUUACUUAACUGUCUCUCCAAAUGAUGUGAAUUACUUCGUUACUGUAUAAGCUUGAGUCUUAAGACUCAAGAAUCACAAGUUAUGCUUAGGAAUGCUCUAUGGAACAAUUUUGAAAGCAGAAUUGGCACAUAUAACUUAAUAGUAAAUAUAUUGUGUUACAGAUAGUUUUACUAUUAGAAAUUAAUAAUAUAUGAAUACGUUUGACGAUUCGGUUUGUUCCUACAACUCUUAACACGUUAAACCUUUUGCAAAUGUGUUGUCACACGAAAGCAUGCGUGAAUAAAUGAGUAUAAUUGUGUUAUUUUCCCCCCGGCUUGAUAACUGCAAAUGUUUGUCAUUCUUUAAAACGACAGUCCUCGACAAAGCUGCUUUAAGCUGCAUUAUGGUUCGUAAAUUAUGAGAUUAUAGUGACAUGAGUUUGAAUUGCUGUGUUCAUUUAUUCUCUGAAUAAAAGCCCAUUAUUUAAUGGUUUCCAUUUGUUAACCAGGAGUGGUACAGGCUGUAAGACUAAACCACAGAGAGAAACAGCUCAUUAAGUUGAUCCUGGGUCUGAAGGCCAGUGCCCAUAACACAUGAUAAUCUUCUGACUGGGAUUCUUUUUUUUAUCACCUUUUAUUAGUGCACAA